AUGCCUCUCAAGGAGGAGGAAGUCGACCGGUUGCUGUGCGCCUUGCAGAGGGAGGAGCUCGAGUGUCAGCGGAAGAAAUAUCGGAUUUGUCUCUUGGAAAAGGAAAUCAUCGAAGACAGUGAAGGUGAAAAGUCCAAGCAGGAAGAAAUGAAAAAGGAUAAGGUGAAGGACGUCAUGGACCGUGAUGACAUUAUUGUUCUUUGA